AUGGUUCCAUUUUCUGCCAUUGAUACGCUUUUGAUUGCAAAACAAGAAAUUUAUGGAACAUCAUUGCUACAUGAAUACCAUAAAGAAUUGGAUGAAAUAAAAUUGUACCACUACACACCAUGUUCUGUGCAGGAGGUCAAUUUAGAAGACAUCCAACAGCUUUCAAACAUCAAUCCACGCAAGCAACUCCAACUCAAGGUGCUAAUUCAUGGAUGGACGGCAAAUCGUGACCAUAUUGCAACAGCGCCAAUCAGAACUGCUUACUUGCUACGAGACGAGCAUAACUUGUUGGUCGCGGACUGGGCCAAUGCCUCGGCUCUGCUGUACCCUGUAGCACGGAAAUUAGUAGUGCCUGUUGCAUAUCGUAUCGCCAGUAUUUUAUCCAGAUUAAUGUACCUUUUGGGCAUCGAUUACAGCCAGGUUCACAUCAUUGGACACAGUCUGGGAGCACAUGUGGCUGGAAAUGUCGGGAAUUAUUUCAGUGGCCGACUGGCACGAAUCACGGCGCUCGAUCCGGCAGGGCCACUUUUCUCGCACAAUGCGCGAGAUGCUGUUGGUCCGAAUGCGGCGAAGUUUGUAGAUGUAAUUCAUACGGACGGAUUGGUUCUGGGUGAACUAGUUCCCAGAGGACAUGUUGAUUUCUAUCCAAAUCAUGGAGUGCCUUCACAGCCUGGAUGCGAAACUCUGGAUGUGUUAACACUGCAUGCUUGUAGUCACUACCGCUCUACGGGAUAUUUUGCUGAAUCAAUAUUACUACCAAAUAGCUUCAUAGCUAUCAGGUGUGAACAACGGGAAUCUGUGGAUCAAUAUAGCGGUUGCCAACCCGUUAAGAAAGAGAAUUUCCCUCGUACAGAUUAUUCCAUAAAGAUGGGUGAAGCUGCUGAUCGUGGUUCUCGCGGAACGUAUUUUGUUCCAACAUCUCCAACAUCUCCAUUUGGCAUUGGAAACGUCAGCAUCUUUUGUGCAACAAACUAAGUAAUUUCGAGUAUUUAUUUUGUAAAUUUC